GACGACGAUUAUGGCCCAUAUACAGCUCGCAGAAGAAUUCUACAUGGCCAACGAGGCACUCAAGUCCUUCACGCCUACUUCAGCAAGCAUCCCUCCUCCUGGCGUCAACUAUCGCCUUCGUUUGCCCAGCGGAACUCCCGUUCACCUACAUGCUUUAAAUCCGCUAGCGUUCGUCCUUCGCUCUGCCCAGAUCUAUUCCACUAAGCUUGCCAUUGUACAUCCCGAUGUGAGACACCCAGUAAUAUACUCCUACGCCGUUUGGGCACAACGCAUCCAGAACUUCGCCUAUGGGUUGCUUGAAGCCGGUAUUCAACCGGGGGACAGGAUCGCUUUCAUUGCACCUAAUAUACCCUCUAUAGCUGAGGCGUACCAUGGCGUCCUUGGCGCACGCGCGAUCAUCUGCGCAAUCAACACGCGCCUCACGCAUGGGGAGGUCGCGUAUAUCCUGGAGCAUUCGGGCGCGAAGCUCAUCUUCGUCGACCACGAGUCCGCACAUCUCGUCAAAGGCGCGAAGGCUCCCGUCAUUGUGGUCAAUGACACAGGCAAAGAGGAUGAUCCAUAUGAACAAUUCCUGACCUCUGGUCGCAAGUUCAGCAAUGAACGCGGGUGGGCGGGACUAGAGUGGGAGCGAAACGAGGACGCCGGCUGCGCGCUCAACUACACUUCUGGCACCACAGGUCGCCCGAAGGGCGUGCUUACUACGCUGAUAGGGUCUUAUCUCGCUGCUGUCGCAAAUGCGUAUGACACUGGCAUGAAUCGCGACUCUACAUAUUUGUGGAUACUACCUAUGUUUCACGCUAGUGGGUGGACGUUCCCGUGGGCGGUCACCUUCGCCUCCGCCGCACAGAUCUGCCUGCGAUCCGUGUCGUAUCCGCAUAUCUGGAACCACCUCAUUAACUCCGGCGUGACGCACUACUGCGGCGCGCCGACGGUACAGAUUGGUCUCAUAAACGCGCCAAUGGCGAGACGCCUCGAGAAGCCGGUCUUUGCUAUCAUCGCGGGCUCGGCUCCGACCGCGCACCUCAUCGGCGAGCUCGAGAAGAGGAACAUCAAACCUGUGCACACCUAUGGCCCAUCGACGGUCUGCUACUACCAGCCAGACUGGACCUCCCGUGCGCUCGACGAACGCGCCCGCCUGCUUGCGCGCCAAGGCCACGCCUUUGCCACGGCCGAAGAAGUCCGCGUCGUUUUCCCCCUGAAGGAGGGCGAGAGUUUGGACGCACCUCUCGUAGACGUGCCGAAGGACGGCCAGACGAUGGGUGAGAUCGUCUUCCGGGGAAACAUCGUCAUGAAGGAGUACUUCAAGGACCCCGAGGCGACGCGCAAGGCGUUCAGAGGCGGGUACUUCAACUCGGGGGACUUGGCGGUGUGGCAUCCAGACGGAUACAUCGCGAUCAUGGACCGGAGCAAGGAUAUAAUCAUUUCUGGCGGCGAGAACGCGUCCAGUCUAGCCAUCGAGCAAGAGCUCUCGACGCAUCCCGACGUCCUCGAAGUCUCCGUCGUUGCGCGCUCGCACCCGAAGUGGGGCGAGCGUCCGAUGGCGUUCGUCAUCCUCCACCCGCAGAAGGCGGAAAAGUGGGCUGGGCGCCACUCCGAGUUCGAGAAGGACCUCAAGGAGCACGCGCGAAAGCGCCUCCCUGGCUUCGCGUGCCCCGAGUGGGUCUCCAUCGUGCCAGAGCUACCUAAAACGUCGACGGGGAAGAUACAGAAGGUAGAGCUCCGCAAGAUAGUGGCCAAGCUCUAGAUACAUUCCGGUUAAGGAGCGCCAUUCGAGUGGUGUAUUACAGCAGCGACUUGGAUAUUGGACGAGAUCUAGGAGAGAACAAGGAUAAUAACUAUGGAUAGGGGAUCUCGAUGGAGUGUAGAUGUACGAUAGAAAGAUCUGGUGCUCUGGAUAUGCUUUCAUGCGUGCGAACGUUCGAGUGCUACGAGCGUAAGUCCUAAAGAGCCACUUAUGUAUGUGCACAUAGAGACGGAAGAUAUGCAGUGCAGCUUGGCAUGGGACGAGUGUGGUGAGCUCAGCUGGUGGGAAUAGAUACAACGAUGGGGGAGGCCAGAGGUAUCGCGGCAGUUCGAAGGGGAGACUAUGAUUUCUCCUCUUCGCCACCUUCCGGUACAGAUGGCUCAUCGACAGGCACAGGGGGAGACGACUUGUUGCGGAGCAGUGCAAGACAAUGCUGGCCUCCACACGCCGCGUCGACCGCGGUCCAGGAGCCACCCUCCUUGCGGACGACGACCGCAGGCGUCUUCUGCUCGUCCAGGUCGCCAUCGCCCAACCCGAGCUCCCCGACGACCUGCCGGCCCCACGAGUACAGUGCACCGCCCUUGGUAACCGCAAGGUUGUUGUUCGUCCCGCACGCGAUGUGCACGAUCGGAUCGGACGCGUCCGGGAAGGUGACACGCGCAGGCUCGGGCAGGCAGUCGUCGUACUUCCUGUCCUUGAACGCCUCGUCGUCGUCUGCCAGCCCCAGCCGGCCCUCCGCCGAGAGCCCGCACGCGUACACCCGCCCGUCGGACGUGAGGAAGAGCGUGUGCAAAUCUCCCCCGGCAAUCUGAACGACCGUCGCGCCCCCGAGCUCGUCCUUACCGAGGCCGAUGACACGUUUCGGGGCAUGCACCUCGCGGUCGAUGCCCGCGUCGGCGAGCCCGGUGCCGGUCUGGCCCUUGGAGUUGACGCCCCAGCCCCAGGUGUUGCCGUCCUCGUCGACGGCGAACGAAUGGUUGUUCCCUGCGCCCACGACGACGGCCUUGCGGGUACGCGUGCCCAGGACGAUCUUCUCAGGGGCAGUCCCAGAGAUCUUGCGGCGCUCGAUGACGCGGCGGCCGAGCUGGCCUUCUUCGCCAGUGCCGAGCGUGUAGAUGUUGCCCUGGGUGGUGAGGAGGAUCAGGUGGUUGUUGCCUGCUGCGGCAGAGACCCACUUGUCGUCCUUGAGGUCGAGCACGGGGACGGGCUUGUAUUGCUUUUUGGAGUGGCUGGAGAAGCCGACGAGACCUUGGUUGCCCGAGAAGGCGCCCCAGGCGCGGAGCUCGCCCUUGUCGCUAAUUGCGGCGGAGAAACUGUCGCCGGCGACGAUCUUGACCGCGCGGAAGUCCUCCUCAACGAGGCUGUGUAUUGGCACGGGCUUCCAGACAGGGUCCUUGGUCUUCUCGUCGACCUCAAUGGCUGCCCGGUCGUCCUUUGGGUCGGGGAUCAUGACGGUGACGCGACCGAGGGCACCGUUGUCGUUCGUCCCGCAGGACCAGAUCGUGCCCUUCUCAUCCGUAAACAGCGUGUGGAGGCCACCGGCAGCGAUGGACUCCAGGCCGGCCUCGUCGUCGCCGAACGUGCCCUCCUCGAUGUGGCUGGCGACGAACGCGUUCUUGCGAGGCUUGUUGAUCUCCUGGUUGUAGUCCAUACCGAGCUGGCUCAUCUCCCCGGAUCCCCACGUGAAGAGGUGGAGGGGAGGGCGGAAGUGCUGUGGUUUUCUCGGGACGGGGUUGAUGGCUUGAGGGACUUUGCGGACGCGAGGAGCGGCAGGGGCCUUGCCCUUCUCGGCCGCCUUGACCCUAGGCUUCUCUGAGGCGGGGGCCUUUGCCUUGGGGGCGGAGGCCUUGCUGGCGACCUUGCCGUUGGGUACGGCCUUGGGUGUGGGCUUCUCGGCGUUGGUGGGUGCAGCGCGAAGGACGCGCUUGGCGACGGGAGCCUUGUCUGCGUCGGGCGAUGCAGCGCGUUUUGCAGCGCGCGGUCGGGU